UUAUUUUCCCUUUCUCUCCAAACUUCCAGAAGAGCAGUUUAUGCUGAAACAGAUUGCGGAUAGCGCCAUCGAUAUCUAUGCCAUGGUGGUCGUUCUUUCCAGAGCAUCUCGGGCACUGGAGGAAGGACAGGCCACGGCCCAGCACGAGAAGAUGUUGUGUGAGACCUGGUGCAUGGAGGCCUACAAGCGGGUCACUCAAAACCUGACUUCUCUGCCGUCCAGCACCACCCAACAGAUCUUCAAGAAUUUUCGGGUCAUCUCCAAAGCCAUGGUGGAGAAGGGAGGAGUGGUCUCCCCUUACACCCUGGGUUUCUGAGACCCCCCCCCUUCCUCCUCCUCCUCCCAAACCCCUCCUCCCUGCUAGCACUGAUGAUGUUCCCUAGUUGGGUCAUGAAAUGUUUGCA